AUGCUGAAGUACGUGCUACUCCUGUGCGCGACCCUCGCGUACGUCCCCGUGGAAAUAGAAAGCAGAUUCUUCGAAAAUAUGAUCACGCCCAAGUUGCAUGUCGGGCGGCACCCAAUAAAGAAAAAUUUAAAAAAGGGGAAGGAAAACAUAAGUCUGGACAAGCUCGAAAAGAAUAUCAUGAAAAAUGUGGACUCCAUCAACGUAAUGUUCGACCCCAAGGAUAAAAAAUUCGUCCCGUCCAAGUCGAAGAAGGCCCACAUAGUUGGAGGCUUCAGCCAGAACACGUCCGACCCGUCAGAUGUCGAAAGGAGCAAAUACGAGAAGGCCCUCCGCUUUCUCGAAAAAAUGAACAACGAGAUGAUCGUGUACUCCACCAAAAUUACUCGAGAGCUUGAUAGCCAAGAGUACAAGACGCUCAGCAACUUCAAGCGCGCCUCCGCCCUACUGAAGGAGAGCCUGGCCACCAUGCACUCCCUCGACGUCAUUAAGAAUGACAAGACUGUGGAUUUUACCAAAUACAACCUGGAGUGGUACGCCAAGGCAUCCCUCAAGGAGAAAUACGAAACUGAGAAGUACAUCCACAGGCUCAUGAACAAGAUGUUUAAGACGGCGGGCAAGAAGAAAAAAAACGUUCAGAAGAAGAAAAUAGAUGAGAACAUCGAGCAGCUGGAAAACGACCUGCUGAUGCAGCGAUUCGUGAGCGAGAACAUUAACGUGAGCAAACUGCUGAAGGAGCACGAAGGGAAGUCCCCGAAUUACAUUUCCCCUAUGCACUCGGAUGUCUGUGGGCAGUUGGGAAGUACCUUCCUCAGCUUCAUGUUUGAGAAGCUAUAUAAGAGUGCCAUGAGCCACGACCUCCCCCAUUUCAAGCAGUACCUGCCUCGCCUCAAGCAGAGGAUUCACCAGAUGAUCCACAAGGGCACGCUCAUACUGCUGGAGAAGGGCCUCGACGACGCCCUGCACACCUUCAAGCUCAAGGUGGCGGAGCUCAUGCAGAAAAAAUUCGGGUUCGUGGACAUGUGCUCAAACAAGUGCAUCGCCGAGACGGUCAACGCCAGCUACGACUUGGAGGAGUACCAAAAUGAGUUCAAGCCGACGAACACCUCCCAGAGGCGAGCCGACAUGGUGAAGAUGCUCAUGUACUACUACCGGGACAAGCUGAAUAACAUCGAGACGACGGCGGACUUCGUGCUGAUCAUGCUGCUUUACCUGAAUUCGGCCACCGAGCACACGGAGAAGGGCUUCAUCGACGUGAGCUCCAUCAGCACCAGCGACAAAUUCAACCUCCUCAACACGACCAUUGACAAGCGCAAGAAGGUGAAGAAGAACAAGCGGAAGAGCUUCCUGAAGAUCGCCCCCUUCAACUUCUUCCGGGAAGAGCCGGACGAGAGAUACGGAAACGAGUCCAUUUUCGCCAUCGACGAUAUCAUAAAAACGUGCUUGCUGGCGAAGAAGUCCCAGAAUUUCAGCUCGCUCUACGAGACGACGAAGGAAGUGUGGAACAGCAUCCAGAGCAUCUACUCCGCGUCCUACGGAUUCGUUGCUGGGAAGAAGCUAAAGACAAAGAGCUUCAUCGCCUCCAGAAUUAGGAACGUGGGCUUCGUCUUCAACUGGUUUAACUACAAUGCCAAGGCCUCGCCCCACGUGAACUUCCUCGUGCACAACUUCUCGCCCCUCCUCUCAGUGAGCCUGCAGCUGACCUUCUUCAUCAGCACCAUGAUCGAGCAGUACGAGGCGAGCUUCCUGAGCAACUUCUCCUCCACGCUGAAGAAGAUAUUCACGCUGGGGGCGAGCUCGGCGCACCCCAGGAACUACGCAGAUCUGGUGAGCUUCUCCGAAACGGACUACCUCCUGAGGCAUUCGAAGGCAGACAAGGCGCAGCGGAUAAUCACGCAGACGGUGAAGAUGCUCAAAAAGAAGUUCCUGUCGCUGCCCUACACCCCCACGCUCCUGGCCCAGUACAUCUCCCUCUUCCUCUCCCUGUGGGUCUUCGAAAAUGAGAGGAACAUAAGCUUAGAGAACCCCAACGUCACUCGGUUUAAGAAGCUCUUCUUCCUCUCCUACUUUGUGCACAACUCCGGCCCAGCCGAAAAGGCAGUCGAAAUUAUCUACGACAGGUGCAGAGGCAAAACGGACAAGAUAGUCCUGGGGUGCAUACACGACUAUGGGGGAGCCAAGCAAAAGAAGCUCCUCGGAAUUAUUAACAAACAGUGCAAGCCCACGAAGAUCCCCAUCCGAAAGAGGAGCAUCCGAAAGGUUAUUAAAACCCUCAUGUCGUCGUUGACCGACCCAGUGGACAUUCUGAAGAUUGCCGUGGACACUGCCACUCGAUGCGACCACUUCAGCCGCAGUGCCUCCAUGGACAAUAACAAGAAGAGCAGAAAUAAAAUUAACUACGACCUGUUUGUGAAAUCUGAGCUCUCCUUCCGUUACAUCUGCGCCGACGUCACGAAGAAAGUGGUGAAGAAGAUCAUCCGGGACGUCUCUCGGCUGAAGAACAUGAGCGAAGCCCAGGAGCUAAUCGACCAGUCGCUCAACAGCGUGCAGUACCUGAAGAUAAGGAACUACCGAGACAAGGAGAGCAGCACGAGCAUCUUCUGCCCCUUCAUGGAGGCCAACGACAAGCACAUCCGCGACUUGGAGCGAAAGCAAAUUUCAAUCUUCGUUCACAAGAAUGUGGGCAUCCUGAACCUGCUCAAGGGGAAGGUCGCCAACGUUUUUAAGAAGUCGAUCAACAUCCGGGAAGGCAUCAAAACGGACAGCCCCAUUUCGAUCAAAGUUGGAAUGCGAAAGUUCAACGGGUUUCUCUUCACUGGAGGAUACCAGCUAAACAUGGACAGCUUUGAACAAGAGAACACACUGCACAUUGGCCUGUCAAAGUCAAGGAAGGUCUACGACGGGCGACAGUUCGUCGACGAGUUGGAGAUCCUCAAGGCAGAUGGCGUCAAGCGGAUCGAAAUGAAGGGAAUCGACGAGGACAACGAGAGGUUUUACGUCCUGCAGGAUAAAACCAAAGUUCCUGAGUUUGAAUACGCCAUCCUUUACCCAAGCGCGGACAUCAUCAUUUUUGACGGCAACAACUACGUCUCGUCCUCCGCCCUUCGGGACAUGGGCCUGGAAUAUGAAAGAAUCGUCUGGGCCGGAAACACCGUGGGCUGGGUGGCCGAGUUCGCCCUGGGGACCAUAUCAGAAAAUCCACUCCCCAUUUUCGACGGCCACGCGUGGGUGCUGCUGGACAAGUUGAGCGUCAAGAGCAUUUUAGGCGAGUUCCUACCCCGGGACGUGCGCGGCAGCCUGCUCGCGAGCACCGUCAACUUCAUCAUCCUCAACAAGGAAGGCCGCCAAAUCCUGAAGAACACCACCCCGGUCGUGAGCCUCAAGCACGCCACCUUCACCCUGAGCGGAAUAUUAAACUUUGUCAUCCGGGCGGAAAAGGGAAAGGGGAACGAAAUCAUCGUGCACACGAGGAUACCCUAA